UGUCUGUAAAAUUCGUAUAGAGCAUACAACAUGGAGUUUUCUAACCAUUAUUAUUCUGUAUCAUGAGUGGUCGAAUAUGGACUGGCAUGUCAGUGUCUGUAUUGAAUGGCUAACGUUUUAUCUCCUUCUUGGCUAUUAUAGAAAGCAUUUAUAAUAAACUUUCUCAAAGAGGGUUUUAACUAAAUGAAUCCGUAAAUGUUGCAUUUAGUAACACACAUUUAAGAUUUUCAUAGAAACUCAAAGAUUACAAGAGAGGAUUAUUUGGGAAAUAAAUUGAUAUCAUAUGUCAUCGUCUUCAUGUGAUAGGUGUCACAUAACCAAUUUCUCAUACUAGUAUUAUGUCUUUAAUAUUCAGAAAACAUAAACCAUUCGAAAACCUUAAAAAGUAUGAACUUCGUGAACACAAAAGAUGUGAACUGGUGUUGAACAAAACGUUGAAACAAGAUUCAAAUCCUCGUGGAAAAGCACAAAUCAAAAGUCAAAACCAAAGCUUUGGUGGUGUCGUAUCGCUUGUGCAGCCAGGUUCUCAUUUUUCUUCUCUUGCGUAGAAUGUCUGUGCGCAUAUAAGCUGAGCAGAGGAAGGUGUAGAAUAAGAGUCAUGGCUCAACGGAAAAGCACUAAGGGGAACAACAGGGAUACUCAAACGAACACGCAUAGUAAUCACGCCUCUAUCAAAACGUCAUCGCAUCAAGGAAAACGCAUAGCAAAAGCUACUCUGCUCCUCGUCUUGUCUAUCUUCGUAUCUGCUGGUCUCUUGAGUUUCUUGUGUUGUUUCGAUUACACAACACUCACAGGUCCGAGGCAAGUAACAACAACAAUCACUAAACCACCAAUCAUAACGCUCCACAGAUUCCCUCGGCAAUGCGGUGUCGUACAGAACCAAACACAACCAGUGUCCGAAGAUGGCACAAACAAAAACAAACCAAGAAGCAACCACUCACGCCCACCCACGUGUCCCUCUUACUUCCGUUGGAUCUACGAGGAUCUACGGCCGUGGAGAGAGACAGGAGUAACGAGAGAGAUACUUGAGAAAGCAAGGAGCAAGGCCCAUUUCAGGGUUAUAAUCCUAGACGGGAGAGUGUACGUUAAGAAGUAUAGAAGACCGAUCGAGACUCGAGAUACUUUUACUCUGUGGGGCAUCGUACAGUUACUACAGUGGUACCCAGGGAGAUUACCAGAUCUGGAGCUCUUGUUCGACGCAGAUGAUAGACCAACCGUACGAUCAAUAGACUAUAGAGGUCAACAACACCCGGGCCCACCUCCAGUGUUCCGUUAUUGCUCUAAUGACGCCAGCUUGGACAUCGUGUUCCCUGAUUGGUCCUUCUGGGGCUGGGCUGAGCUUAAUAUAAAGCCUUGGGCUAAAUCGCUGGUGGCGAUAGAAGAAGGGAACAAGAUGACGCAAUGGGAAGACCGCGUGCCGUACGCUUACUGGAGAGGAAACCCUAACGUGGCCCGCACGAGGAAAGACCUUCUUAGAUGCAAUGUCUCAGACCAAGAAGAUUGGAACACUCGUCUCUACAUCAAUGAUUGGGCUACAGAAUUCAAAGAAGGAUUCAAGAACUCAAACCUAGAGAACCAAUGCACUCACAGGUACAAGAUUUAUAUAGAAGGAUGGGCAUGGUCAGUGAGUGAGAAGUAUAUAAUGGCAUGUGACUCAAUGACAUUAAAUGUGAGACCAACGUACUAUGAUUUUCUUAUACGAGGAAUGGUACCAUUACAACAUUAUUGGCCAAUCAGAGACCUUGGUAAGUGUAGAUCCCUCAAACACGCUGUACAUUGGGGGAAUACUCAUGUGGACCAGGCACGUAAGAUAGGGGAAGAAGGGAGUAGAUAUAUAAGAGAGGAGGUGAGCAUGGAAUAUGUGUAUGAUUACAUGUUCCAUUUGAUGAACGAGUAUGCCAAACUUUUGAAGUUUAAGCCGGAGAUUCCUUUGGGAGCAAAGGAGAUUACUACGGAUAGUAUGGGAUGUCCGGCGAAGGGACGGUGGAGAGAUUUUAUGGCGGAGUCUAUGGUGAUGUCUCCUAGUGAAGUGUCUCCUUGUGAGAUGCCUCUUCCUUAUAGCCCUAUGGAGCUAAGAGAGGUUCUUGAGAGGAAAGCUAAUUUGACUCGCCAAGUUGAGGUUUGGGAAGAUCAAUACUAUCGUAAUUUGACAAAUGCCAACAAGCAUUGACCAACGAGGCUCUUGUUUUACAAGAUACUGAUUUUUUUUUUUUUUUAAACUAAACAAGAUACUGAUUUGUUGUGUUCAUAUUAAAAUUACUAAGUACUUCGUGAGUUAUAAUUUGAUUAAUCAAAAUUUAAUAUAGAUAGUGAUUUAAUAUAA